AUGGUUUGUGAAUUUGAUCCAGUAAUGCAAGAGCACCUUCGGCGGGCUAAAGCAAGAGAGAUUCAAUAUACAUGCAAGUCAGGAGGAGCAAUGUCUUUAAUUAUGCGAUUUGUAGAUAAUUCGGAAAACUUACCUACAGUUCAAGAACAUUGGCUAGAAUUUUUGAAGGUAGAUGACACAACACGACUUCGACUUGCAAUCGAGCUUCAAAAGGCUUUGAUAAAAAUUGAUCUCGAUAUUGAUGACAUUAGAGGGCAAGAGUAUGACAACGGAUCUAACAUGAGCGAGAAGCACAAAGAUGUGCAAAGAAGAGUCUAUGAAAUGAAUCCCAGAGCUUUCUAUACUCCAUGUGGCGCUUAUAGUCUAAAUCUAGCAUUAUGUGAUAUGGUGAACUGUUGUUCCAAAGCUGUAUCCUUUUUCGGAGUGAUACAAUGCAUCUACAGAUUAUUUUCCUCUUUUACCAAGCGAUGGAAAUUUUUUAAAGAUAAUGUACAAGGGUUGACAAUGAAACCAUUGUCACAAACACGUUGGGAAAGUCAUGUUGAAAGUGUGAAGCCUAUAAUGGAGCAAACUGCACAGAUAAGAGAUGCAUUACUUGAUUUAGUAGAAAGUAAUGAAGAUCCUAAAGUGAAGAGUGAAACCGAGUCAUUAGCAAUACAUGAACUUCAAAAUUUUGAGUUUUUGUUUGGCAUGAUAAUCUGGCACAGAUUGUUGCAUGCUGUUAAUAUUGUGAGUAAAUUUCUUCAAACCGAAUCCAUGGAUAUUGAUCAUGCUAUCGACCUCUUGCAAGGACUUUUUCAUUUCUUGAAGAAUACAGAGAAAUCGGAUUUGCUAUUGCCAAAGAUGAAGCGACAAAAAAGGCAAGCGAAAUAG